CUUGCUUAUCGGUAACUGGAGUCAGCAUCUCAAGAUCUGCAAUUUCGCGAUAUUUUCAUUGCCAUGGACGGCACCCUUUAUUUUAUGACUACAGCUUUGCUGAUUUCAGUCGUGAUUUGGAUCGUGAAUCCCUUGGGCAAGCUCCACAACUUACUAAGGCAGCUAUUGAAAGACCCAAAGGAAAAUCUCCCCGACGGAGUCCGAUCCUUUAAGGAUCUCCCAGGUCCGAAAGGAUUGCCUUAUUUUGGUGAUAUUCUGAACUAUAUUAAAACGAGCUCCGACCUCAAUCGUCUUUUGAAGAAUCGCCAGGAAAACUUUGACAAGUACGGCCCAAUUUACAAGAGGACUGUCAUGGGACGAACCGAGAUCUUCAUCAAAAACCCAACCGAUGUCGAAGCUGUGUUCAGGGGGGAUGGGAUACAUCCGAUGCGACCUGAGAUGCUUAUCAGGGCUCAAAAGGAAUACAUGAUCAGCAAGAACCUUCCAGAAGGUUUGAAUACCCUGUAAGUGAAUAGAAUAGCCGAAUUACUCUUAGUAUAGAAUUGAUCAUUCUUUGUUUAGGAAGUGCAGUGAUACGGUAAUUUCACGUUUGCACAAUCGUGUAAUCGUUGCAUAACUAACUCGUGCACUUUUUGAGACAAUUUGAGACAAUUGAGUUAUGAUCGUCUCGUGUGUUUACAUAACCCAUGCUCAUCUAACUGAUCAAGCAUGACAUUCCCUUAGCAACAAAACAAUACUGAACCAAUCAAAAUUCAGCUGAACGCAUUAGAAUGCUUCUUGUCUCUUUUUGUCUCCGAGCACUCGAUCUUUCGAAAGCGGAGCGUGUAAUGCGCAGUUUUAAACACAAUUUUCCUGACUUUUAACAUAAUUUCUGAAUUUUUUUACCUCCUAAAGUUUUUAACAUCCAAGGUCAUUAAUAUUCAUUAAAAAAAACGGGACCAGAGAAAAAGUCCGGAUAAUCGAAAAGUCCGGAUAAUCGAGGUUCGACUGUACUAUAUAAAAGUGCUUAAAUGAUAUAAUAUAUGGAGCUACAUAAAAUUGUAGAACUAUAGUACUUACAUACCAAAAAAGUAAGGGACUAUAAACUUGCAAGAUCGAGCUCCUGGAGUCUACGUUUAAAACUGCGGUAGCCAUCGAUAUUUCUUAAAUUAUUAGGAAUAGUGUCCCAUAGUCGGGCAGCCUGCUAUCUCCAUGACUUGAUCUCGUACUUUGUAAAAUUUACUUUAGAUAAUUUAAAAUAGCAUCACCACGUAAAUUAUGGUUAGAAUUACGUGCCGUCAAUAACUCGGAAAUACUUGUAGGUGCGUUUCCAUUCCCAAUUACUCCAAACACUGUAUUUAACAUUUUUGCAAGUCUUUGAUUUGCUAAUGUGCUAUAUCCAUUAUUAACAACUAGUGUCUCAUAUGUAGAGAUUUUGUCCUGAUAAACGAAGCGGAGUGCCCGCUCGUUCAGUUUUUCGAGUUUUUCUGUUGAGCGAUUGCUACAAAAAUGCUAAGACUCGGCACAGUAAUUAAAAUGUGGAGCAAUAAAUGCUCUAUAAAAGCUUUUCUCGCAGCUCUAACCGAAGCAACUUCUUCAUUCUUUUAAAAACGGUGAUUUGUUGGCUCACUUUCAAGAUCGCUUCCAUAUUCACGCUCGAGUGAUUUCCUACAUACUCCGUCAGAUCUUUAUUUGCUCAUGUAACAUUUCUGUCUGCUGUCUUUGUUUCCUUCCAUUUUGUAUUUUGUUCUACAUUUUCUCCGUCAGCGUCGAUUUUGAAAAGCAUAUCAAACUUACGUUUAACAUCUGCCUCUGUAGAUUUUCGUGACAUGUCACGCAGUCUGAGGUCAGUCAAAAACACGCUAAUUUUCGAACAUUUUCCUCUUUUUCGUGUAUUUCAUUUGAAUUGCUAUCUUUCUUACCUUCAGUUCCUAAAACUAACGUACAUAAGCUUUCUAUACCACUUCAUUUGAAGGCAAUCAUUAAAAUAUUUCGUUCGGGUUUUUGAGACUUAUGGUUGGCGAUUCAGACAUGUCGAAGAGGGGUUCGCGCCACAUGCAAGCAGUGGCCAUGGAGUCUGGGCUGGCUCUUCUCGCGGUGGCGGUAGAUGCACAAAACGAUUUCGGCGAAGAAACAGAUGGUCCAAAAGGGGAAAAACUGAAUUGGUUUACUUACGAAAUAAACAAGUAAGUAAAAAUUGCGCUUUUCGCAGUGUAUUCAAACCUGUUUCUUUUUUCUUUUUAAUUUUUUUCAAUUUUUUUCACCGAACUGAUUUUUUUUUAAUCAGCUAUCUCAUAUAUUCCCUGUCGAAGAAGUCUGAUCAAGAGCCGAACGACGAAAGUGCUGAUUCUGUGAUUGUGGGAAUCGUGGAAAAAAUAUUGAGGGGAUCUGAGAUUCGCGGAGUUGUUAUAAAUUCCAGAAUUCUCAACGUCUUCAGGAAAAAGAUUUCUCUCCUCCAUUCAGCGUUCAAGAAAGCGUCAAAAAGUGGGGGGGAAAGUAUAAAGAAGCCUAUUGAUGCGUGGAGGGCAAAAAACUACUCCUUCAAAAUUUUCUAUCAUGAGCUUGAAAACAACUCAUUGAUUGAGGAAAACCAACAGCUUCGUGGGCAGAAAAGGAAAGCUGAACUGGAUUUAGCCGCAGAGCAGGCAAAGCGAUUAAAAAUUGAGCAGGAGCUUGAAGAUGUUAUUAGGAAUUCGGAAAACAGAAAAGAACAAUACAAACAAAAAUUCAAAAGAUUAGCGAAAAAAAGCAGCAAGAAUGCAAAAAAAGAGACAAAGAGGUCCAAACAAAAGCAAACGUUUCACUGAUUAUACCAAACAACAUCAGGCAAGAUUAAGGCGAGGAUUUAAAGAAGACUGCCAGUCAGCACUGUCAUUUUUAGGCCUCUACAAUUUUAUUGCCACCAAGGUUGAGGUAUUUAAUAAUGACACUCAACAGUAUGAAACUAUUUCAUUGGUAGAAGAGGGAGAGUUACAACUAUUGGAAACAGAGCCAAGAGAGCUGACUGACAAUGAUAUUGAUAACAUCAAUAUGUGGGUUUACUUGAAGGACAAAUUGAAUAUAUCUAAUGAAGUUUGGCAUGAGUUGGCUGAAGUGUAAAGACAUGCCCACAAAAUAUAAAAUAUGCAAACACCUAGAUAAGCUAAAUGCCAAUUGGAAUCUGAGAAGUACACCAGGGGAGGCAGAGGGAGUACAGAUUUCUUUCAGGGAGAGUCUUGAGGAACAGAUAAAAAGGCUGCAGAAAAAUGGAGUAUUGGACAAGGUUACUACUACUAAAGUAAAGCUCAGUGGUGAUGGUACCAACAUUGGGAAAAGGCUUAAACUUGAAAAUGUCACAUACACAAUUCUGAAUGAAAAGGAUGCAGCAAUGAAUGAAAAAGGGAACUAUGUUCUAGCAAUAAUUAAGAAAACAGAGAACUAUGACAAUCUUAAAGAAAGCCUUGCUGAUCUAAAUAAUGAAAUGUCAAAUUUAAAAGAAAUAACUGUAAAUAGUCAUAAGUAUAGUUUUGAGUAUUUUUUGGGAGGAGACUGGAAGUUUCUAGCCCGUGUUUGUGGUUUAGGGGCUGCUAAUCAAAAUUUCUCUUGUAUUUGGUGUAAGUGCCCAGGAAAUGAAAGGUUUGACAUCAGUAAAAAGUGGUCUAUAACUGACAAAUCUCUUGGGGCAAGAGAUUUACAAGAAAUAGGUAAGUAUACAAAAUCUAAGCAAUAUAAUUGUAAAACCAAUCCAUUAUUUGAUUUUAUUCCUAUUGACCAUGUAAUAAUUGAUACUCUACAUUUAUUUUUGAGAAUAUCUGAUAAUUUAAUUGAACUUCUGAUCAGGGAACUUCGCAGGAAAGAUGUCAUUGACAAGGUAUCUACUUUUUCAAAUGGGUUUUGUCGAAAUAAGUAUAGACAUAUGGCUGGGUAUGAGAAAUUUGUAAAAGAACUUGGAAUUAAUUUUGAAUGGAAAAUUAAUAGGGACAGCAAGAAGUUGGAGUACAGAGACCUUACUGGACCUGAAAAACUCUUGCUUUUCCAACAUAUUAAUUUUCACUUACUAUCACCAGUUUUUCAUAAUGUGGACAAGCUGCAAGCCCUUUGGGGUAAUUUCAUAGAUAUUAUGGGUGAUCUUAAACUUAAUUACACUACAGAUGAUGCUAUCUCUAGCCUCAAAGACAAAAUCAAAAAAUGGUUUCAAAAAUUCUUAGACCUUUACCAAGCAAAAGAUGUAACACCAUAUAUGCAUUCUUUGUAUGCUCAUGUACCUGAAUUUUUAAAGCUCUACCAAAAUUUAGCUUAUUACACUCAGCAAGGUAUGGAGAAGUACAAUGACACUGCAUCAAAGGACUACUUUAGAUCAUCUAAUCAUAGAGGGGUUUCUGCUCUAAAGCAACUUUUCUUGAAAAAACACAGAAUACAGCUUUUGGAAGUUGCUGGUUUGGAAAGGGUGAAGGAAAGCUACAACUGUGGAAACUGUUCAACUUCUGGCCAUACCAUCAAAACAUGUACUGCAAAAUGCAGCAAAUGCGAUGCUCCCACUUUCUGUGCACAUCUUGUUAAAAUAGAUGGUAAAUGGAAGCCAAGGUGUGAUUUAAUCAAUCAAUAAUCAUAUAAUAUAUUAAUGUAUUAAAGGAGUGUAUUACCCAAAAACUGUUAGUAGAAGUUGUGUAGAAUAAUUUGCUAUGCCUGUGAAAUGUUUCUUGUAUACAGUAUUCAAGGAGUCUUUUUCAAAAAUGUUACUGCAUUGAUUACAACAGAAUCACAGACUGAAAUAUAUGGGUCAUUUAUAACCACAUGUUUACAUUUUAUGAAGGUAAUUCACAUGCAAGUAAAACAUGUGCUAAAUCACAUAUAUUAAUGAUGGACCAUAUUUUUGUAUCCACAUCUGUUGCCAUCUCCACGAACAAAUGUAAAAACGACUUGAUGCCCGUCUUCGAUUUCAGAUCUCACGUAUUUAUCGCCAAUUAAUUUAAAAUCCACUAUGGGGUUUCUUUUUGUCAACCAAAAUCUCACAGUCCCUGGUACAACAUAAGCAAAAUCGCCGUUUUCAUUCAUGAUCCGCUCAUUCCACUUUGUGCCGAUAUAACAAUCCAGAGUUUCAUUUGAAAGAAUUUCGUAUAUUAGUUUAUUCCUCUGAUAUUUUUUGGAAGAAAUCCUUCCAAGUCUUUUAUAGAAAACGUCGUCAUCGACUUGAAUUUCAAUACGAACUUCUGGAUCCUCUCCGCGCCCGGAGUACAACUUUCGCUUGAUCUCCCUGUAAACGCGUUCAUAAAAAGUUUGCAGGCGAUCGCUGAAGGAAUCAUCGGUUGGUUUUGACAUCGGUUCCAAUCGCAUUACGGGCAAAUUAUGUUCAUCGCAUGGCCUCCAUUCGUCAAAUUUCUCGCUAUACCCUUUGAAAUGAAUUUUGACCAUGUUUCUCGCUUUUUCGACCUGUAUUAUCUCUGCAGGAUAAAUAUUCUUAUCCGUAGUUUUUAUUUUCUUGCAUUGCUUAGUCUUAGCCUCUGCGAAUUCGUCAAUAAAUCUCUUCGGAGUCUUACGCUCCCGCUUCACUCUGUUGGCCGCCAUUUUUAACAUUGGCGCUCUUUGCAUAUUUAAUUGCUCUACGCAUGUCAGGUGAGUAAUACGGAGGCUUGGGACCAAUUUAAGCAAAUGUUCAGUUUUCUAUAGGAUAAGUUUGAUAUGAUAUAAUUAAUGCGGAGUUCGGCGUAAGAAUUUAACAGAACUUGCAUGUCUUCAGAAAUUUUUAAAUAAGUUUGGAAAUUCGCCUGAAGAUCGGCAAACAAUACAAUCAAAAUGUCCGAUUUCUUUGUCUUGAUGAUAAUUUUCAUAGUUACAUGUUCCUUAUUUUGCUUGUGAACCCUAAUUUUCUUAUGUCAAUAAUGACUUACUUACUUUUCAAGAGCAUACUUAAAGUAAAAGUUGCAUAAUUUUCGAAAACAAGCAUAAUUUUGAGAAAAUUUGGGGAAAAAAAUCCAAGGGGGGGAAGAGGUCCAAAGCUUUGACUUUUACUCUAUGGCAUGAAUAAGGUUCACGCUUAAAUAAGAUAUUGCUAGAGAAGUAAAAAUUAAAUAUGUCAUGCGAUCUUUUCUUACAUGAAUUUUGGUUUCAGACAAGCUAGGGGUAAAUAAAUCCACACGUACGAUCGAAAUGGGAGAUCAUUCCCCCCCCUCCAUUCUUCUUCCUUGAUUCAUCAUUGCAUCUUAAUUUUUAUCGCCUUCAACAUCAUCCUCACCUUUGUUAUAAUUACUGUCGUCACCAUCACAGCCAUAAUUAUCAUUCACAUUAGUAGGGUGUAUCCUAAAUGGCCCCAAAACAUGCGAGCACCACACUCCAUAGGGGAAAUAUCUAAACUCUUUCACAAUGUUUGUAUUUUGAAGAAGAAGGGAUCUGAUGAUUCACCUCCAGUUAUCUUUUCUUAUUCUCAGAGAAGGCGAGAAGUGGAGUCGACUGCGCAAAGCCUUAGCACCCAAGAUGCUGCGUCCUAAAGGAAUACGUGAAAAUCUGGACAAUUUCAAUGGAGUCGCUAGGGAUGCCAUAACACACAUGGCUGCAUUGCAAGGAAUUGGCGAUGAGAUUCCAGAUCUUGAAGGGGAACUUUCAAAGUACGCUACUGAAUGUAAGUCUUGAAUUUGAUUUCUCCAAAUUGAUUUGCAUUAGCACUUGACGUGUGCGCGCUAACAAUUCUGUUCUUGUUUAAGCUAUCGGAACGAUGGCGUUUGACGUCAGAGUUGGACUCUUUGACGACCCACCGAGCAAAGAAACUAAGAAAAUGCUGAAAAUGAUCAAAGCUGUCUUUGAUGGAUUUGCACUCUUGGGAAAAAUGAACAGCGGAUGGGAAGGACUUCUUUAUAGGUUUAUUAAGACACCAUCCUACAAAAAAUUCGUCGAAACUCAAGACAUCACGUUUUCCACCAGCCAAGAGAUUAUUGACAGAAAGGUUAUGGAACUGAACAAAAUGGCAGAAGAAGGCGAACAGUUUCCUGAAAAUCAAGGUUACUUAUACGAACAUAAAUACGAAACUUUUCAGAUAUAGAGCUUCUUUAAGUGCGGGUGUCCUGUUAAUUUAUCAUUCUAUUUUGAGCUUUAUAAAAAAUGUUGCACGCUUCUUAAACACCGUAGCUCAGUAGCUUGUGCUGGUGUUUGUUACUCGUGUGAGACAAACUGGUUCUGACUACCUCGAAGCACAUCACCCAAUCAUUACAAUGCUUCACUGCUGUGUUGGCGGAGGCAAGGAAAACGACUCUCCUGUGUGAACUGACAUUAUCCAAGAGAUUAUAAGCAGUUUAUAACCUCUUGCAAUAGUAAUGAAUGAAGAGAUUUGAUUCCCUUCUGAAGGGUAAAGUUAUUACUAAUCUUUACUUUUUUUAUAGCUGUUCCUAUGCUGGCCUACCUCAUCAUGAAGGGCGACCUCACGCCCAAGGAGAUUAGCGUCAAUUCUAUUUUCAUGUUUAGGGCGGGCGUAGAAACGGUAAGUCAUAAAGCAAUUGCCUCUUUAUAGAAAACUAUAACGUUAGUUCGACCGGUCAAAAAUAGUAGGAGAGAGAACAUCCGCCCUGAUGACAUAUAUCCACUUUUUCUUCAAAGACCACAAAUGGAUUGCUGUGGGUCCUUUACGAUCUGGCCCGAAAUCCGAGGGUGCAGGAAAAGGUAUACGAAGAAGUAACCUCCCUGAUUGGACCCCAUGGAGAUUUUACUCCUGAGAGCUUUGCAAAGUUGGAAUACAUUAAGGCUUGUGUCAAGGAGAGUAUGAGGUAGAAGUACUGUUGUUGUUAUUUUUGUUAUCGUGAGAGGUACUCUUAUCGUAAGCGAACAGAAAGAUACUGAAUGGCUCCUCGUACAAUUCCCAGUUUAUACUGAACCCAUACGAUGCGAACUAAGUCUUUAAAUUGUUCUCUCAGAUUGCAUCCCGUUGCACUAGACUGGGCGCGUGUUCUGACACAGGAUCUUGUUUUAUCCAGUUACAUGGUUCCAGCAGGAGUAAGUGCUUAACGAUAAGUUAUGAGUGACGAGGACUAUGGGAAAAGCUGCACGUCCUUCUUCCAGUUCCCCUCAGCAUAGUUUCUUUUCCCCUUUGCCAAAGACUCCCAAUAGAGGAGAGAGCGUAAAAUGUUCAAGAGAAGAUUAUCCUUUCAACAUUCAGGAUGAAACAGGAUAUUUAGGCUAGUGGUUCAACUCUUGACUCUUAGUAGGAGAGAGGGGUGGGGGCAAUUGUAAAAUGGGAAAAACCCCCAAGGACACCCAUUCAGGUUCGGCUACGCUCUUAAGUGAGUUAUCUUUAAAAGUGAUUCAACACUCAUAUGGUGCUAAAAGAAAUCUAUUAAGUUACUGACUCUUCAACCAAUCGAAACAAAAAAAAAAUGAAGCGUUUUACGUGCAUCAGACUUACUUGAUCAUUUGUUCACUUGCGUUCAUCCGACAAUUGGAAUCAUAAUUAUGCCUUCACCAGAAGUACCUAAGCUUAGUCAAAUGAUCGUGUUUGACCUUGUGUUUCAUUCAGACCAUUGUAAGCUAUUCCAGUUACCUUUCUGGGCGCUCUGAAGAAUUGUUUAAGUUUCCUUUGGAGUUCAGGCCAGAACGUUGGUUAAACGAGGAUCUGGGAAAGAUUCACCCAUUUGCCAGUCUGCCAUUUGGAGUUGGGAGUCGUAUGUGCAUAGGCGAGUUUUUUUUUUUCUGUAUGCAAAAGGUUUACAUGCAGCAGAUUUUUUCUUGGGCAACACAUCACUUUGACCCCUCACCUAUAGCUAUGCAAUGAGCUUAGUUUGGAAAAUUUUCCUCAGCUUUGAGCAGAGAAUGGUGACAUCGGUAUGAGCGUGACCUAAAAGAAGACUUAACGAGAUGAACGAUGAUGGGUGUGCUCGUGUAUUUUAAAAUUUUAAUUUGUAAUUUUACAAUAUGUUCUUUAGGAAAAGAAAAACGUGAAAACGUUGAUUUUGACUCUGUAUUUGAGAGAACCCACUUUGAAAUCUUUGAUGUUUUCUUCGGGAGUUCAACCCUACUUAGACCUGUACCUCCGCGGUUGUUUUUUUCCAUACAAUUACCUCUCUGUUUCUCUCCAGGGCGUCGCAUUGCAGAAGCCGAAAUGUAUCUUUUAACGGCAAAGGUAAGCGUGGGAAAGAAAAGUAGUUUGAAGGAGAGGAAAAAUGAAAUAAUAAUUGCAUGUAAAAACAUAAAUGUAUUACGGUCACCUCACCUUGGAAGAGUAAGCACUUUGGGAACAAGGUCGAGUUAUCGAUAUUUUGUCUUAAUACAUUAAUUAAAUACUCAAGUGAAUUGCUAUUAAUUCGACAAAUGUUUUUCUAAAUGACAACUUCAGUUGGUCCAGCGAUUCACUAUGGAAUACCACGAUGAGCCAAUGGGGACAAAGCUAUCUUUUUUGGCUGUUCCCGACAGGGCCCUGAAGAUCAAGUUUAUCGAUCGGGAAUAGUUGUUAUGGACGUGUAGUCAUCAAGUGUCGCGGAUGGUCAUAGCAUCGAACACUAUGGUGCAUAGCCAAUCAUAGAAUAGGAUUAUGUACCACGUCGUUCAAAUGAACCAAUCGGAUAGCUGGAUUGCAUCAGAUUGCUAUCUUGGAUGCCAAUCUGGCCAUAUGAUUGGUUCAUUAGUACCCCAUGGUACUAAAUCCAUCACUCUAAUCGGUUGUAUACCAUAGUACCUCCUUAAACUACUCACACUGUAUUGAAAUCAAUAUCUUAAUACCAUAUUAUAUAAAAAGGUGUUCAAGAAUAGAAGCCGCCUUUUAAUGGAGGCUGCCAUAGAAAUACUUUGAAUCUGAUGAACGCCGUAGCGUAAUAGAGAUAAUAUGGUACGGGUAGCCUUUAUCAGAAAUGAUUUUAUAAUCUUAUUAUUUGAAAUUUUGAAGACACCUUAAUCUAUUUCUAAAAACCUUUCUUUUGAUGACAUUUUAAAACACCGAGUCUGCAAAAUUAAUGUGGGACUUCGAUGUAAGGGAAUUUCUUAAAAGAAUUUUGUUUAAUUCCAGCUUAUUUCCUGGAAUAGUUUCUUACAAUAAUUAUAUUCUUUAUGCAAACUUCUGUGAAAAAUUGAUCACGUUGACAUAUUGGGAUUUAGAGGAGCUCAGAAGAGAAACAAACCGUUAAACCGAAUUAAACUUAAUAAAGCACUUAACGAUUAGGCGUCGUGAGAACUCCGAGCGCGGUUGCCAAGUAACAAAAGGUUUAAGUCUUUGAUUUGAUUGGUAAAAAAUUGCCACGAAAUUUAAGUUUUGAAGUUUCUAAAGCAAGUAAAGUAUAAGAUUAAUGCAAAGCUAUUUAGUUAAGUGAAGCAAAAUCAAUGAUAUCUGGG